UGUGGCGGGUCCGGGGCACUGAGCUGCAACCGGGGAAUGCGAGUCUUCAGUCAGGCCCUGAGCAGCCUGAUGCUAGCCCUCAAACACAGCCCCUUCAAAGCCACCGUCCUUGCGCUGGUUUUCACGCUGUUGAUGUUGUCUGGCCUGAGAAGUGUGGGAUUAAGACUGUUUUCCAUGGAGGCUUCCUAUGUGUCUGGCACACACUCUACUGCCUUUGUAACCUGCCCCAAUAUGGAGGUCGCCAAGACCAUCGCCCGAGGCGCCGUGGAGAAGAAGCUGGCUGCCUGUGUGAACGUUGUGCCGCAGAUAACAUCCAUAUACGAAUGGAAGGGAAACAUUGAAGAGGAUAAUGAAGUUUUACUUAUGAUUAAAACACGAACCACCAAAGUUAGUGAUUUGGCAGCAUAUGUACGGUAUGUUCACCCGUAUGAAGUGGCGGAGGUCAUCAGCCUGCCGAUCGACCAGGGAAACCCACCUUAUUUGAAGUGGCUGGGUGAGGUCGUCCCGGAAUAAGCCCCCGACGGGUGGAGGGGGUUGUCGCACAGGCACGGCGCUGUGGCUGACGCCCGCGCUAUGCAGGGGAAAGUAUCCUCACUUUCCCCCAAGCCUCUGCCUUCUGCUUCCUCCUGUUUCAAAGGGAUUCUGUGCUCCUGGCUGUUUUUCUGGUGCGCAAACCUGCAAUCGUGUCCUUGGCCACAGAGGAACACCAGUCUGGUGAUCAGUGUUGAACAUUCAGCUGCCAAGCUGCAGACAGUGAGGUGUAGGGGGGCUUGACAGUGAUUGAGCAGUGUUACAACUUGCUGCUUAAAUGGUGACGCUUCCUCGUUAUUGAGCACAGGAGCCUGAUUAACACACCUUCCUGUUCUGCAGUUGUCCCUCUGCUGAUCUCUGAUUAAAAAUGUACUUUGUUUAUGUA